UUUGACUUCGUUCUUCUGUCACGUGUCAUUCUAUGAUACGUUUUGUGAAGGGUAAAGGGUCUCGUCGUUUUGCUCUGGAUAUAUUCUCUCCGUCUCCCUCUUCUCUCUCUCUCUCGAUCCGUAGAUGGCGAUUCGCUGGAAGUGAAGAAUCAUCGGUCCACAUCGAUCGAUCGUUUAAUCUCGGCAUCGAAUCUGCACCAGGUCCGCGGAGUUUGGGUUUAGGGUUUCAUCGUCUCGUCCUUCUCUCGCUGUGGACGGGUACUUCCGCCGCCGUCGUCUAUUCUCGUCCAUCUCGCCUCUCUUCUUUCUCCGGUUGGAAACCAUCUCUGCCGCCGUCACCAACAGGUUUGACUUUUAUUCAAUCUAUCCGACUUCCACAAAGUGAGAAACAUUCGUUAUUUGCUAAAACCCAAGAAGCUGUUCGAAAAGAUGUGGAGCGUGCCUUCGGAGUUCUGCAAGCUAGAUUUGCCGUAGUGAAAAAUCCAUCUAAGUUAUGGGAUAAAGAAAAAAUAGCAAAUAUUAUGAAAGCAUGCAUCAUACUCCAUAAUAUGAUUGUCGAGGAUGAACGUUCAACAUUCACUCAGUAUAACGAGAGAGAAUUUCAAGAAAGCGAAGAAGAGGAUACAUUCACCGUUACUCCGAAUUCAAAUCUCGGCACUGCAAUGGAUCGUCGAUCGAGCGUUCGUAACAGACAAGCCCAUGAACAAUUAAAAUUCGAUUUGAUUGAAAAUAUUUGGUGUGCGACACGUAUUGCGGAAGACAAUGUUGAGGCGACAUUGAACACCAUGAGUCACGAGCCGAGGUUGCUCCGGCCGACCAACCAAACACUUGUCGAAGCAUCUGCUGUCGUUGACCUCAUCCACCGGACCUGCCUCCUCAUCCACCGGACCGGUACAAAGUUUGGUUUUGAGGAUCAAGGAAAGAAGAUCGUAGGGUUUCAUGGACGGUCGGGUGAUGCUCUCGACGCUCUUGGAGUUUACUUUGUGCAUGACUCUCUCACCACGUCGUUGCCUCCUCUUUAUAAGCUGGAUGCUCAAGGUGGUACAGAGGGACUUAUUUGGGAUGAUGGCUCUUACGACGCCGUUAAAACGCUGCGCAUCUGUCAAGAUGAUUGUCGUAUUGCAUAUUUAGAGUUCGAGUACGACAAAGGUGGCAAGUCAGAGAAAUUUCAACAUGGGGUGAAAGGGGGAACACCAGCCGAGUUUGUGCUUGAUUACCCGGAUGAAUACAUCAAAACGGUGGAAGCAACCUAUGAUAAGCCAAAACUUUUUCAAAAUACUGUCAUCACGUCGCUUACCUUCCAAACAUCAAAGGGUAGAGCAUCAUUCUUUGGGUAUAAAGUGGGUAAGAAGUUUGUUCUUGAGCAAAAGGAUCGUCGGCUUGUUGGAUUCCAUGGGACAGAAGGUGACGCUAUUGAUGCUCUAGGAGCAUAUUUUGCACCUAUUCCUGCUCCAACACCUUUGAUUCCAGCCAAGAAACUACCAUCCGUACGUAGGCGGCAACGGAGGAGUUACAUGGGAUGAUGGUGUUUACGACGAUGUAAAGAAAAUUUACGUAGGGCAAGGUAACGAUGGUGUAUCAUUUGUCAAGUUUGAGUACAUUAAAGGCACAAGCUUGGUUACUGGAGAUGAUCAUGGGAAGAUGACAUUACUUGGAGCUGAAGAGUUUGUUCUUGAGGAUGGUGAAUAUCUCACGGCCUUGGUAGGCUACUACGAUAAGAUAUUCGGAGUGGAGGAGCCAGUAAUUAUCUCACUUCAGUUCAAGACGAACAAAAGGGAGUCAAGUCAGUUUGGAAUUAAUGGAUUCCGGUGAGAAGUUCACUCUUGGGGAGAAUGGCCAGAAGAUCGUCGGGUUCCAUGGACAAGCUAGUGAUGUUAUCCACAGUGUUGGAGUCACUGUUGUGCCCAUCACCACCGAGUGAAAAAAACCCGGAUAUUAUCUUAAUAAAACCAGCCACUCAGCCAGUCAUGUGGGUUGAAUAAAACUUUUAAUAAAGCUGGUGUGUGUUCUCUUUAUUUUGCCACGGUCGUAGUUGUUUAUUAUAU